AUGAACUGCGUCCUGGAAGGAAACUCUAUAAAAGCAUUUGGGAAGGCUAUUCAUGCCCUGUCCCGGGUUGGAGAUGAGCUGUGGUUGGAUCCAACGGUCAAAGGGCUGGCCCUGAGAUCAGUGAAUUCUGCUCAUUCUGCAUACGCCUGCUUCCUCUUCUCGCCGCUCUUCUUCCAGCAGUACAAUCUGGAUUCAGUCAGGGAGCAGGACAGUGGACCAAUCAAAUGCAAGCUAGUCAUGAAGUCUGUGCUGCCACUUUUCCGUUGUUCGACUUCUAUUGAGCACAGUGUGAAACGAUGUCAGAUAUCAGUCAGCACUGGCAGUGACCAAGUGAUCGUUCAGUUUUUCUGCAGACAUGGCAUAACAAAAACCUACAAUGUGCGUUUCCUGGAAAGUGAGGCGCUGCAGGCAGUGUUUGCCUCACACCUCUGUCCCAAUGUGCUGAAAUCUCCUGCCAGGCUUCUAGGCGAUAUGGUGAUGCAUUUCCACGCGUCUCAGGAGGAAGUCACUCUGUCGAUGUCCGCCCUGAAAGUCAGUCUGAGAAAUUACAACGAGGGGAGAAAUGAUCACAUGAAGAUGAUGCACACUGAGAUGUCCUUACACCCAGACGAGUUUGACUACUUUCAAGCCGGAGUGGACUCGGACAUAACCUUCUGUCUGAAGGAGCUGAGGGGGUUACUGUGUUUUGCGGAGUCACAUUGCCUUCCGGUGUCGGUUCACUUUGGCACUCCAGGAAAGCCUGUGUGCUUCUCUGUGGAGGACAUGGUCCUUGAGGCCACUGUGGUGCUGGCUACGCUGGCUGACUUUGAAAGCAGAGGCCCCUCACAGCCUACAGAGACCCCAGCCCCGACUACACACAGCUGUGCAGAUGCAGCUGCUCUGCCUGUGGGUAUACAUGAGACUCAGAGCAACAACCUCCAAGUUCUUCCUGAUGUAACAGAGCUUGUUGAAUCCAGCCAAGACAGCCCUAUAACCUACCCACCUGUUCUGAUGCAACUCCAAUGCCAGGGCGACAGUGCUUGUGCUGGAAUGACCCCACCUUCCAGCAUGAUCUGCUCCCUGCUGUUCAAGACCUUGUCCUCAGAACCUGGUGAUGACGAUGAUGAUGGUGCUCCCAGACUACCUGUCCUGGCAUAUUUCAGUGAUGAGGAAGACUAUCCGAGAAGCCCGUCACUCUGAGGGAAUAGCAGUCACUAAUUAACAAUAUUCUUCUCUAAAUAGUUAUCAAAGUGUUAAUCUCUCCAGGAUAGUUUUUAUUAAAUAUUGUUUAUUGUUAAAAUGUUUUUUUCCAGUUACUGUUCAUUGGAACAAUAUACCAUCCAUGUUGUCUGUCAAUAAAAAUGUGCCAUCUCGGAAGAUGCCACACCCAUCUGAUGGUAACUGGCACGCAUUGUGUCUGAGGAAUGUGGUAGCACAAACAAAAU